AUGGCGUACGCGAUUCCCGUAGACAAUGGCGUCGAAGGGGAACCCGAGAUCGAGUGCGGUCCUUCGUCAAUCACUGUGAAUUUCAAUACGAGGAACGCCUUCGAAGGUCAUGUUUACGUAAAAGGACUCUUUGAUCACAACGAGUGCAGAAAUGAUGAAGGAGGACGUCAGGUAGCCGGUAUCGAAUUGCCGUUCGACACUUGCAACUUGGCUCGAACUCGAUCCUUGAAUCCUAAAGGAGUUUUUGUCUCUGCAACCGUAGUUGUCUCUUUCCACCCACAAUUCGUCACCAAAGUCGAUAGAGCUUACCGUAUCCAGUGUUUCUACAUGGAAGCCGACAAAACCGUGUCAACUCAGAUCGAAGUCUCUGAUCUCACCACCGCCUUCCAGACACAAGUUGUACCCAUGCCAGUUUGUAAGUACGAAAUCCUCAACGGUGGGCCAACUGGGGAACCUGUCCAAUUUGCUACCAUUGGACAACCGGUAUACCACAAAUGGACUUGUGAUUCUGAAACCGAAGACACAUUCUGCGCUGUUGUACACUCUUGCACUGUUGAUGAUGGAAAUGGCGAUACUAUCCAGAUCCUUGAUGACAAUGGUUGCGCACUCGACAAGUUCGUACUGAAUAAUCUUGAAUACCCAACUGAUCUGAUGGCUGGACAGGAAGCUCACGUUUACAAAUACGCGGACCGUAGUCAGUUGUUCUACCAAUGCCAGAUCAGCAUUUCUAUCAAGGAACCCAAGGCCGAAUGCGUUCGCCCACAAUGCGCUGAACCCAAGGGCUUCGGAACUAUGAGACAGGCUCUGCAGCAGAACAAGGUGCAAUCAGCCCAGUUCUUCCGAGUACUCAAGAAGAGAUCCGCUCUAAACUAUGAAAACACCCUUGAUGUACGAGCUGAGCUGACCGCCUUCGAAGUGCUGGAUGGAGAGGUCCCUGGAUUACCAGAAGCCCUUGCUUUGAGCGCCGAACCUUCCGAGUACAGACUAGAGUCGGAAGGUGUCUGCAUGUCCCUUCACAUCAUGUCCGUCCUCGUCGCUGGUGUCAUCUUCACGCUAAUGAUCAGCGUUGUCUUCACAGCGCUUUGUUUGCGAGUGAAAAAGCAUUAA